UAUUGAGAAUGACACUGCAUGAGCUGGUUCAGACUGCGGCCAGAUUAUAUCCUGAAAGGAGAGCCGUGUGCUUUGAUGCAUGUAACCAUCAGACUCCAGUUUCCUACAUGUACAAGACGGUUAUAAACCUUGCUACAGAGCUUACAGACUUCCUGAGGAAACAUUGUCACCUUACUGAAAAUUUGGAAAUAGGUCUCUACUGUUAUCCUGGGAUAAACCUACCUUCUUGGAUUCUAGGACUUCUGCAGGUGCCUUCUGCGUAUUCUCCCAUUGAUCCAGAUGCCUUGCCCAGCCUCUAUAUUUCCUUCAUGAAGAAAUGUGAUUUCCAGUAUGUCCUUGUUGAAGAAGAUAAAGUUGAUAAAUUCACAAUAACCUAUGGACACUUGUACAGCCAAAAUUCUCUUCAAAUGCAGAGAAUUGGUUUAGUUCUCUUCCAAAGACACAACAGUGUUCAGCUGACCAAACAUGUAAAUGCAGACAGUGAAGGCUCUAUGGUCAGAAGCAUUUGUAAAGUGCAACAACAUGAGGCUAAACCACCAAAAGAUAUGUUGGAUGUCAGAGAGAAACAUUCCCUGGCAUAUGUUUUGCAUACAUCUGGAACAACUGGGCUCCCCAAAAUUGUGAGAGUGCCUCAUAAAUGUAUCGUACCAAAUAUCCUUCAUCUUAGAGAGAUUUUUAAAAUUACCCCAGAUGAUGUGGUGUUUAUGGCCUCUCCUUUGACUUUUGAUCCAUCAGUCAUUGAGCUGUUCCUUACUCUAGCGAGUGGAGCUUGUCUGCUUAUACUACCCACAGUGAUUAAAAUGAUGCCACAGCAGUUAUCCAGAGCUCUUUUCCAGCAACACAGAGUGACCGUUUUGCAGGCUACACCAACCCUUUUGAAAAGAUUUGGAGUUGAGCAUAUUAAAUCAACCGUAUUGACUGCGGAUACUUCCCUGCGAAUCUUAGCUCUUGGUGGCGAAGCCUGCCCUGCACUAAGCAUGUUGAGAAGCUGGAAAGAAAAAGAAAACAAAACUCAACUCUUUAAUAUUUAUGGUAUUACUGAAGUUUCGUGUUGGGCCACGUGUUACAGGAUUCCCGAGGAGGCUUUUGACAUGGGCCACCGGUAGGAAAUGUUCGUUUUUGCCAGGGCUAACCUCACAGGGCUGAUAAAUCUCAUUUAAGAUCCUUUUAGUCUGCAUUAUAUGGAUUGAUAAGGAGAAGCCUGACUUACUACUUAGAAUUGCUUUUGCGUAGGAGGAAACGGACGCGUCUGCUUCAUUGACGAUGAAACAACAUUACCUGUGGACACAAUGAGAGCCACUGGAGAUUUUGUGAGAGUUAAGAACACUGAAAUGUUUUUCUUGGGGCGGAAGGACAAUCAAAUUAAGCGGCAUGGCAAGCGUCUCAACACUGAGUAUGUACAGCAGGUGGCAGAGAGCCUCUGCACAGUGGAAACCUGCGCUUUGAUAUGGUGCCAACAAGAAAAAUUAAUUCUGUUUGUUGCCCCCAAAGCUGUUUCCAAGAGGCGUCUUUUUAAAAAGCUCCAGGAAAGUCUCCCUAGCUAUGCAAUUCCAGAUGAAGUUUUGCUGAUUGAUACUUUGCCAUUCACAUCCCAUGGCAAAAUUGAUGUGUCCAAGCUGAACCAGAUUUACAGCAGCCACCUAAAUUCUCGAAAAAGCGACAGCACGCUAAGCGAACAAGAACUAUGGGAAAGCUUGCAGAGUCUCUGGCAGUCUAUUCUUAAUCUUCCAGAUGGUUCCAGUUGUGUUUUGGAAGAGUCACAGUUCUUGCCAAGCGGUGGGGAUUCUUUAAAAUUGCUGCAGCUUCACGAUGAAAUUGAACGUAUGGUAGGUAGGCCUAUUCCUGACUUAAUAGAAAUUAUUCUCAAUCAUCCCGUUAGUGAGAUCUACAAACAUGUCCUAAAAGCAGCUUUCCCAAGUGGCCACCUUUCUAUAAGCAGUCAUGGUGCAGCAAAAAGAAAACUGAAUGGCCCUCCCAGUGAAGAACCCAAUAAUAAGUGGGUGGAGCUUAACCCCGAAAGCUUCCUGAAAACCGAAAUGGCCACCAUAGGUUUUAUUGCAGUAAGUCGUGGAAACCACUUGGUGUCUAUCAGUGAGCCUGUGAAGAACCAGAUUGAAGCAGAACAGGCAGAAAAGAAUGGAGAGUUGCAAAAGAGCAACAUCGGUGUAAAUAUAACAGAAGGUUAUCCUGCUGAAGAAAAUUUGGGUGAAGCAUACCUUGAUGAAAUUACCCCCAAACUAACGGUGCACAUAAGAUGGGCCUCGGACCUCGGCAAAUGUGUUGAUGCCUCUCCGCUGCUUGUCAUCCCAAUUCCUGACACAUUGUCUGCUUUUGUUUAUAUUGGAUCUCAUUCCCAAGCGAUUCAAGCGAUUGACUUAUAUUCAGGCAAAGUGAAAUGGACAAGGAACCUUGCAGACCGGGUUGAGUCCUCCGCGUGUAUAUCUAAGUGUGGAAACUUCAUUGUGGUUGGUUGUUACAACGGAGUGGUAUAUGUUCUCCGAACCAGUAAUGGGGAAGUCCACUGGGCAUUUCAUACGGAAGAUGCUGUGAAAAGUUCUCCCGCUUUAGAUCCUUCCACGGGAUUAGUCUUUAUUGGAUCUCAUGACCAGCAUAUAUAUGCUUUGGAUAUAUAUAAGAAGGAAUGUGUUUGGAGGUUACACUGUGAAUCUGGAGGCAUAUUUUCUUCUCCUCAUCUAAAUCUGUUGCCACAUCACCUGUACGUUGGUACACUGGGAGGACUGCUGCUUGCUAUUAAUCCUGUUAUGGGGAAAACUCUUUGGAAAACCGUUUGUGGAAAGCCUGUCUUCUCAUCACCCCAUUGUGACAAAGAUUACGUGUAUGUUGGCUGCGUGGAUGGAAAUUUAUACUGCUUUAGUCACUUUGGAGAAAAGGUUUGGGCAUUUUCCAGCAGUGGACCAAUCUUUUCAUCACCCUGUGUUUCUCCUUUUUCCAGAGAUAUAUUCUUUGGGUCCCAUGACUGCUUUAUUUAUUGCUGUAACAGGGAAGGAAAUGUAUUAUGGAAGUUUGAAACAACAUCAAGAGUUUAUGCAACUCCAUUUGUUUUCUGUAGUCCUAAUUUGGACAGUAAAACAUUUCUGGUAGUGACAUCUACAGAUGGCAGAAUAUGGAUCCUGAAUGCUAAGACUGGAGUGGCCGAAGGUAGAGGAGAACUUCCAGGAGAGAUCUUCUCUUCUCCUGUCACCUGGGGAUCGACCAUUGUUGUAGGAUGUAGAAACAAUUAUCUUUAUUGUUUAGAUCUAUGUUUAUCUAAAGCUAAUAGAACUCUGUAACAAUGAGCUUUUAAAGUUUUUUAAUUUUCUACUUGAGAGCUAAAUGUUUCCUCAGUAUGAACUUUUUGGUCCAAUAUUUAGGGGAACAACACUAAUUUGGCACUUGAUUUAAAGCAUUUUAAAGUACCAAGUCAAAACCCGUAGAAAUCUGGGAGUUAAGUGCUGUGUAUGGAGUGUUACAUCCAAAAUAGAGUAUGAUUCUUCUGGAAACCAGACGGAUGAAUAUUUAUU